AUGUCGCCCUCGGCGCCGGUCACCAAGACCGCCCAAUCGGCUGGCCAAGUCUCGUCGUCACCCGCGCCCUCGUCCGCCAACAAGAAGAAGAAGAACAACAAGAAGAAGAACAGCGCCGCCGCCAGUAAUAACAAGGUGAAGCCGAAGGAGGGCGGCGGGAGCAACGCGCCAGAUGCCCAAGUGGAAGUCUUGUCAGACCAGCCACCAGCACCACUACUACCACAACAAGCAGAGGAAGGAACAGAGGAUACAGAAGAAGCUACUCUGCCUGCUAUAGAGGAAACCCCGGCCUCCUUGGGUGUACAGAACACAUCACCGAAUAAACUCGACCAGGUGGAAGCACCAGCAGAGGACGAGGACACCACCGUCGACGUAGAGGUACCCGCAACUGCCGCCGACCACCCCGAGUCUCAAAACCCACCGCCACCGCCUGACGGGGAUUCCAAUCCGGCCCCGGACCCGGACCCUGAAUCCGACUCGGAAUCGGCUGUCAACAACCCAGCAGAGGAAGAGGACACGACAGCAACAACAACAACAACAACUGCUGUUCAUACCACUCCUGCUCCUGCCACCAUCGAAACCAACGGACAUGCUCCCGACGGCGCAAACGGUCACAUCAUCCCCAAUCCCUCUACAACAACAACUGCUACUACAAUGUCUACUACAACAUCCCCACCGCCGACGGAGGGGUCUCCAGUAACCAACUCUACUACUACCGCCGACCAAACACCAGCAACUACCACCACCAACAAUAGCACAGAAACCAGCGCCAAGCUCGAAGCUAUGUCGCAAGACCGCGAGAUCCUCCGCGCCGAAGUCGAGCAGCUGCGCAAGCAACUCGAAAGCAUACAGAGCACCCACGACGAGGAGGUGUCCCAGCUGCGGUCCGACCUCGAAGAGUCCGAGGCCGCCAAGGAGCACGCCGAGACACAGUACCAGAACCUGCUGGGCCGCGUCGAGAAGAUCAAGGAGACGCUCGGCGAGCGCCUCAAGCGGGACCGGGCGCGCGUGGAGGAGCUUGAGACGGCCAACGAGGAGCUGCAGCAGGCGGCGCAAACCCAAGAGGAAGAAACCGCCCAGUUGCGCGAGCAGUUGGCCGAGCAGGCGCGCGAAAUCGACGGUCUGCGCAGCCGGACGAACCUGUCCCAGCAGAACUGGGGCAAGGAGAGAGAGGACCUCGAGCACGAGGUGGAACACCUCCGGUCCGAACUCAAAAAGACGAGCGCGGCCAUGGGCGAGUGGGAAGUCAUCGCCAUGGAGGAGCGCAGCAUGCGCGAAGGGCUGGAGGCUAAGGCGACUGACCUGGAGGAGCAGCUGGCCAACGUGCGGGAGGCGUACGAGCGCGUCGCCGAGGAGAGGAAUACACAGUCGCAGGCCAUUGACGGGCUACAGCGCGCACUGCAGGAGAUCCAGGAGGCGCGCAAGCGCGAGCUGAGGGAAAUGGUCGAGUCGAGCGAGGAGCAGCUGGCGGCGAUGAAAAAGCGCGCCGAGGAGGCGGAUGCGAAAGCCAAGGAGGCUCAGGACGCCAGGGAGUCGCUCCAGAAGGAGCUGGAGCGCACGGCGCCGUUUGAGAAGGAGGUCAAGGAGAAGAAUCUCUUGAUUGGCAAGCUGAGGCAUGAGGCGAUUGUGCUGAAUGAUCACUUGACCAAGGCGUUGAAGUACAUCAAGAAGAUGAAGCCAGAGGAGACUAUCGACCGACAAAUCAUUCUUCAAGUAAUCGCCGGCCUCCUUAACUGGACCGACGAGCAGCGCGAACAAGCCGGUCUCGCCCGCCCCGGUGGUUCCGGCGGGGGACUGGGCAGCGCCUCUUCGCUCUUGCGCCUUCCAACUUCCCCCUUCCACCGGACACCCAGCUCCCCCUCUUUGAACCAUGACUUCUUCUCCGACAUGUCCCACACAAACAACAGCAGCACCAUGUCUCCCACCGCCGGGUCGGUAAGAGACGGUAGCACGGGUGGUCGUGAAUCGCUAGCUGAUUUGUGGGCUGGGUUCCUAGAGAGAAGCGUGGAGGAGGCGUCGGCGCAGCAUAAUCCCGGCGGGCAGCAACAGCCGGGGGCGGGAGGCAUUGGCAAGAGGAAGGAUAGUAUGAGUAGUACGGGCACGGGGAAUACCUCGGGGGGAGGCACGCAUAGUGGGUUUUUUGGCUUUGGGAAGAAGAGAGAGGAAGCCCCAGGUCCUGAAGGAAAGGGGCCGUUGGGAAUAUAG